UUAUAAAAUUCUAGCCCAGUAGCCCACCCCGUUUCAUCUGCUCUGUUGGGUCUGUCAAUUCAACCUAUCCCUCUCCCACUGAAUUCAUGAAACUGCGUAGACACACAGAGUUAAUCAAUAAGCAAAAGGGUUGCAAGUAACUAGGUAGGCAAUGGCAGAAACACCCAGAAAACUAAAGGGUCACAAGAGCUCAACCACUUAUUGUAUUGCCUCAACUCACCGCCCAGGCCUCAUUGCCACUUCAGGAGAGGAUGGUUGUGUUUGCUGGUUUGAUUUGAGGUGUAAAGAUGUGUUGUUUGUGAUGAAUGUUGGUGAUGAUCCUGUUUCUUCUUUGUGUUUUAAGCAAGAUAAUGAAGAUAUAAUUUAUGUAUCCUCCGGGAAUGGGGUCAAGAGUUUCGAUGUGCAUCAGAUGGGAUCAUCAAAGCCAUUACAGAGUUACAACUACAAUCAAGAGGAAAUAAAUCAGAUUGUCUGUAGUUCAAAGUCAUCCUUUGUUGCUGCUGCCGACGAUGGUGGUGAUGUCAAGAUCAUUGACAUUCGUCAACACCGCCCUUAUAAAACAUUACGAAAUAGCCAUGAAAGUAUAUGUAGCACCGUCCAGUUUCUUCCUUGGAGAACUUGGGAAGUCAUCACAGGUGGACUUGAUUCAAAGCUCAUUAUGUGGGACUUCUCAAAAGGACGUCCGCUUAAAAUUUUAGACUUUGGGAAGCCCGAUGUCAAUGCUAGAGGUAGUGCAGAACAGUGCUUUAACCCAGCUUUUGUCCAUUCCAUAGCAGUUCCUCAAGUGGAUAUGCUGGACAGAAUAGGCAAAGUAUGUGUUGUGGGAAGGGGUGAUGGCAUUGUUAGUGUUAUUGAUAUAGAAUCAGAACUCGAUGAUCCGAAGUUAAAAAAUUCUUCAAAACAUAAGAAAAAUAGUCAAUUAAGAUCAAAAGGCAGUGUUUCUUCCUCGAAUUCUGAAUCCCAGGAUCAAACUCGGAAAAAGAAUAUAAAUCUGGAUUACACUAUUGGAGGACAUACAGCUGCUGUUUCCUGUGUGACACUUUCUACAUUUGGAGAGAAAGGGAAAUACAUUAUAUCAGGUGCAAAUGACAAAUCAGUGAAGGCUUGGAAUUGGUCUGCUUAUGCUGAUCCUUGUCAACCUAGCAACAACGAUAGUCUCCUACAUCUAAACAUUAACUUGAAUAGAAAAGUGAAUUGGCUCUGCACCACUCCAAGUGAUUCAGAAAACCUUAUAGUCUGUGAUACGUCCAAGCUGGUGAAAGUUUAUACUAUUGCAUAAAUCAAAAUAAACUUCUGCUUACCUGAAAGCAAAAUGGUCUGGGUGUUGCGAGCAGGCUGCAGCUUUUGAAUGCACCUCACUUGUUCAUUUAAUCUUGUAGAAUUGAAAUUGCCGAGAAACAAGAAUCUUGUGAAUUUUUCAGGCAGCAUUUGGAACAUGAGACGAAUCGAAAUUCUAAAGGUUAGUAAAUGUGAACAGCUAGAAGAAUUGCAUGAUCAAUUGGGGAUGAUUACAAGCUUAAGGGAGCUAAAUGUAAUGAAGGCUACUAUGUUAAAAUUGGCUCCUGAUAUUAGUCAGCUCUCGAACAUAAAAUAUUUUGAUUAGGUGAUUGUUGUCAUUUGUUGUGCAUUUUAUAACAACUAUGCACCUUCAGAUA